AUGGCUGAAUCAACUCAACCUACCAUAGCUGAACAAGCUCAAGACGUAGCAUCAAAGCUCGCUACUACAGUCGCUGAAACCCUCAACUUCGGAGACAAAGUCAAGGAUGAUAUUCGAUCUGAUCUUCCUGUUCUUUACAUUGAUGAGAAAGCAGGAUCAGAUUCAACUGGUUCAGGAGCAGAAUUAUCACCCUUUGCAACUCCUUUAACAGCAUAUCAAUCCAUCAAACCUUCCACCGAAUCCGACCCUAACCCAUCAUCAGUAGCGACCUUCUUAGUGAGAAAAGCUGACUCAGUAGAGAGAAACGAAUGGGUCGAAAUCUCCGCUUCUGCCAAGAAAAAGCUCGUAAAGUCAAUUGGGGGUUGGAGAAAAUCAGAAGCUAAAUUAGCUGCUGAAGGUGACAGGUUAGCUAAAGAAAAAGCUGCUCAAGAGGAAAAAGAGAAAAAAAGAAGGGAAGAAGCUAAAUCUAUUAUAUUGGUUGAUGAUCCUUCCAAAGAAUCAAAAAAGACCAAAAUCUAUGCCGUUCCUGAAUUAGUUGGUACACGAGUUAGAAUCCAAGGUUGGGUUCACAGAUUCCGACCUCAAAAGACCAACUAUUUCAUCGUUGUCAGAGACGGUACAGCUAUGCUUCAAUGUAUCCUCACCGGUGACGCCAUUAAAACGAUAGAUGCUUUGGAUCUCACAACAGAGAGUACUGUAGAGCUUGUUGGUACCAUCGAGAAAGUAAAAGAAGGUCAAACUGCUCCUGGUGGAGUGGAAUUGAUGGUGGAUUAUUGGAAGAUCAUUGGUAAAGCUCCCGGUGGAUCCGAAGCUUUUGAAGGUAGACUAUCAGUUGACACCGACGCAUCCAUUCGAGCUGAUUUGAGACACCUUGAAUUACGUGGAGAAACAGCAACUUCAGUAAUGAGAGUUCGUGCAUUACUUUUACGAGCGUUCAGAGAUUCAUUCUACAAGAGGAAAAUCACAGAAGUCACUCCACCAUGUAUGGUUCAAACUUCAGUCGAAGGUGGAUCAACUUUGUUCGAAUUUGAUUAUUAUGGUGCUCCAGCAUAUCUAACUCAAUCGAGUCAACUUUAUUUGGAAACUGUUUUACCGUCUUUGGGUGAUGUUUACUGUAUUCAGGAGAGUUUCAGAGCUGAGAAAUCUUUAACCAGAAGACAUCUUUCUGAAUACACUCAUCUCGAAGCAGAAUUAGUGUUCAUCCAGUUCAAGGAUCUUUUGGACCAUCUUGAGGAUAUGAUCUGUGAAGUAGUGGACACUCUUCUUGCCGAUCCCGUUUCAGCCGAAAUCAUCAAAACACUCAACCCAGAAUUCACGCCACCUUCUCGACCAUUUAUGAGAAUGGAUUAUCGAGAUGCCAUCAAGUAUCUGAGCGAACAUGGAAUCAAAAAAGAAGACGGAGAAGAUCAUGUCGUAGGAGACGAUAUCGCCGAAGCAGCAGAAAGGAAAAUGACUGAUCAAAUCAAUCGUCCAAUAAUGUUAAUCCAUUUCCCUAAAUUACUCAAGGCGUUCUACAUGCAACCAUUAGGUGAAGCUCCAGACUUCACUGAAUCAGUAGAUGUCUUGAUGCCAAACGUUGGUGAAGUAGUUGGUGGUUCAAUGAGAAUAACAGAUUAUGAUACUUUAAUGGCUGCCUACAAAAGAGAAGGUAUCCCAUCAGAUCCUUAUUACUGGUUCACAGAUCAAAGAAAAUACGGUACAACCGAACACGGUGGUUAUGGUUUAGGUGUAGAGCGAUUCCUCGCUUGGUUACUCAACAGAUGGACCGUUAGAGAGUGUUCACUCUAUCCCCGAUGGAUGGGCAGAGCUACUCCUUAG